CUGUGGGUGGAGACAGCAGCUGUCUGCCAUCUAAUACUGAAAACUCGCAAUCCCACUGUUACCGCCCUGCAGUGCUGUUGUCAUUCACAUAAACAGUACUGACUUUGGAUCUGUAACGUUUCACCAUGUGUAGAGGACUUGCAACACUUCCUGCAACAUGCUUAAAAAGCGCCAAAGACAUAAAACAUAAAAUAAGCUUCUUACUCCAGAAGCCAGAAACCCAAACGGCAGAUCAGAGACAGAUAAAAGAGAAGACUGAUGUCGCCGCCGCCGCCGCCGCCGCCGCCGCCGCCGCCGCCGCUGCUGCAAAGAGUACGCCUGCUCCAGCCGAGGUGAAGAAAUGGAAGAAGUCUUUCAGCCACGUGAUAAGCAGUCAAACGGGUCGUACGGUCUUUGGCAACUUCCUGAGUUCAGAGUUCAGCGAGGAGAACUUGGACUUCUGGGUCGCCUGCGAAGAUUACAAGAAGUCUGGCCCGUCCCAGCUGGCGACCAGAGCCAAGCAGCUCUACCAGCAACAUGUUGAGGCUGAUGCUCCCAAUGAGGUAAACUUAGACGCGGCGACCAGAGAGGAAACGAGGCGGAACGUGGAGAACGCCCAACCGUCUUGUUUCGACGCGGCUCAGAAGAUGAUCUACACCUUGAUGGAGAAAGACUCCUACAGACGCUUCCUCAACUCCAAACUGAUCCAGGAUCUGUGUCAGACACAAACCACCGCUGCUAAGGAGAAGAAAUACUCUGACUGUGCCAAGAACAGGCAGGCGUUCACUGGCGGUGCCUAAACAGCAAAACAAACACGGGGGUGAAGAAGGUGCCAAAGACUAAUAAUGUAUGGGAAGGUAAACACUGUUUAAGAUCCGUUUUUGUGUUUAAUGUUUGUAGAAUCGUAAAACCAGUGGUUUCGAAGGUGACUUAGAGGUAAAUGUGACAUGCGGUCAAGACUACAUUUCUGUUUUUAUACUUUUACAUGGCGGUAAUUCCUGGAAGUGGUUGGUAUUCAGUUUGAAGAUGCUACUGUAUCCACACUUGUGCAUAUACCUGAAAAAUAUUCUGAUAUUUCUCAUUUCUGCAUUCACCAUCAGCUGGCUUGGCUAUAUACACACAAUUUAAAGGGGACAUAUCCUGCUCAUUUUCAGGGUUAUACUUGCAUUCUGGGUUUCUAUUAAAACAUGUUGACAUGCUUUUAUGUAAAAAAAAAAACAUUUUAUUUUUCUCAUACGGUCAUUCUGAAUAUACCUGUAUUCACCCUCUGUCUGUCUCUUUAACCCCCCCUCCUGAAAAAGCCCGGUCUACUCUUAAUGGCUUCCGAGAAAAAUAUGGAGCACCUUUGCAAAUCAGCACAAGUUGGUCCAACAGCAGAUGUAUCAUAUUGUUUAUGUUCUCAUCACCUCAAUUGAGUACUUGAUCUAAAACCUGCUGUAUAUGUGAAAGCGUAAUCAUAGUAACAACUGGCUGCGCUGUAAAAACAUGCAAAUGUUGGCUUUGUCUAUGUCUAGUUGGAUUUUUAAGCAACUUUAAUGUUGCAGUAUUGACUUUCUGUUGGAUGUCACAUAGUUACCAAACAGCGGGAGAAAAGGUCAAAUUAUGACUCAUUCCAUCGAUUUUUACCAGUUCCCCUGUAAGUGAAACUGUUAUGUUCAGAUGUUUAUGACUGUAAUUAACGGUACUGAACAGUGGGUUCACUUUUCAUUGAAUAUAUAUAUUUAGUGGCCUUGCAAAAGAAAAUGUUUUAUCCAAAUGUAUACUGUGAUGAUAGGAAACUAGAGAAUGUGUGUUGAUAUUUAUUAAAUGAUGUUGUUGCCCUA